CCUGGACUUCGAACAUCCAAGCGCUCCAGACUCAACACUCCCGGCACUCCCUUCAUCCACGACCCCUUUUUACGCGCGCGCAGCCUGGGCUCCUCCUGGCGAAGCCCAGGUCAACAUGCAUCGAUCAAGCUUGGCAGACACUCCUCUUCUAAAAAUCUCCCGGUCGGUGUCUGCAUGCGCGAAAUGCCGUAAGGGAAAAAUCAAAUGCGAUGCCAAGCUGCCGGCCUGUACAGCUUGCGAAAGAGCCGGCUGCGAGAAGGAGUGCACCGCAGCCAAUAAUGACCAGUUUGCACGCGGCAAGGAAAGGAGUUAUGUCGCAGCGUUGGAGCUGAGGAUAGAAAAGCUGGAGCGGAGACUCUCGUAUGCUCGCUCCAUGAAUGCGUCCGUGGCGUUGCACGGCCCGGACGAGCCUCCCGCUGGCGACCCGAGUCGCAAAGAUUCCCUGGCCCUCAUCCGCGCCGCCAUCCACCGGAAAGCCGCCCGGACGCAAGAGAAUGCCGACAUCAAUACGCUGGUGUCGGACUUUGGCUAUCUGGCUGUUAAUACCACCACCCGGGACUUUGAGCCAUCCGAGUCGAACAUGACCUUUGCCCGCAUUGUUUUGGCGGCUUCGACAAAUGACCCGGUUCCAGAGGCCAGGACCACCAACCUCCCCGCAGAACCGACUGCCAGGGCCCUUGUUCAGUUCUACGAGUCCAACAUCCUACCCCUUUACCCUGCGUUUUCUGGAACUUCGCUGCACGCUCUAGUCAGCGACGUCUAUCAGGAACAUCCGCGGCCCAUCAGGAGCUCCGAAUACUGGCUGUUCUGGAUGGUUCUUGCCAUCGGAUCCGCCGCGCAGAGCAGGAGUCGCCGCGACGAGCACUACCUGAACGCUGUCGAAUUCGUUGCUCGGGCGCUGCCCCAUGCCGACAGGGCGCUAAAGCCGGGUUACGUGACCCAGGUCCAGUCUCUGCUGCUCCUUACCCAGUACGCGAUGCUCGACCCUGCUCACUUUGACAGCUGGCAUCCCAUUGGCUUUGCCUGCCGUGCCGUGGUCGACCAGGGCCUGCACCAAGAUCCGCCACACGGCCAGCAGAUGGAUCCGGACUCGCUGGAUGCGCGUCGCAGAGCUUUUUACUGCGUAUACGCUCUGGACAGGGCAAUAAGCAUGGCUCACGCCCGUGGCUUCUCCUUCUACGACGAUGCCAUCUCCGUGGUGCUUCCUUCUCCAUUUCAGGCCAGCACUCCCUUCUCCGGCGCAGGCCCCGUUGCCAAGCCGACGGCCGAUGCAUCCGUCUGUCUAUUCAGGCUCCGCCAGUUGCAGUCCGCUUGGUAUCAAACGCUCUACCAAGGCAAUCCAACCGAACCUCUGCCCGACGCCGCCUCGUUCAUCUGGCAAAAAUACUUCGAGAUGUGGGAGUGGUCCGAAAGGCUUCCGGCCAGCCUGCCGGCUGCCAUUCGGAAGAUGCUCGACUUGGAGCUCCGCUACAGCUACGUUUUUUGCAUCGCUUCCAGCGCCCGACGCGCCCAAGUGCCUGCGUACGGGCGAUUCCUAAUCUUCGAACACGUCAUCGCAUACAUCGACGGGAUAUACGACGUUGCAAACCUGGCAGUUAACGCAGCCUUUUAUACCUACCACGAUGCUCUGAGAGUCUUCUUCAUGGGUUCUCAGUUUUCCGCGGUGCUGCGGGAUGCACGCGACCUGCUCCUGACGGGCGCGCCAAUUCCGCCACCCCUCUCGUCGCCGGGGACAGUACAGCCUCCUCCGCCUCCAGUAAACCGGGGCACGGGCGACAACUUGGACCGCAGCCUUCGAUGCCUGGAGAGGGUCAAGCUCACCCUGAAACUGUACGGCGAGAGGUGGGAUGAUGCGCUCUCUCUGAUGGAGAGCUUCGAGGCGACGUCCGCUGAUGUGUGGAACGAUCUCACGACGAGGCAAGCUACAAGAAUGGCAGUCCCAACUGAACAGUGGCAACCGCUGCCGGUGGCGUAGCCUGUCCUUUGGCUCGGUUCCGUCCCAACCGAGCACGUUCACCGCCGCCUGUCCAGAGACCAGGGGAAAACCAGCACAGCCACCACUGCGGUCAUU